UGAACCUCAUCAUUGAGCGGUCUACCCACAGACAGGGGCGCCGUCAAUCGCCGCGCGUAGUCGGUCAAGUUCGCCCGUUAUUGACAUGGUGAUUGGCUUCACCGGUGCGUACUUUUAUAAAAAAAGAAUCACUGAGGGUUUGGCGAGACGCAGUCCCGUCGUGAAAAGUUGAAAACGGCAUUUCUUAACGGGAUGGAAGUCUAGCCCGAGAUUCGACAUCGCCGCGUGAGGCGGACUGAACCAUCAACUGAUAGAUUGGACCUGCGAGUGUCUCACCAAACUAGCGUCCGAUUUAAAUUGAGCCGCAGCAACAGCUGACGACGGUCUGCUGAAGGACAUCAAAACGAAACGUCGACACCAUUGUCCCGUCACUAAUUGCCAACAAAUACGACCAAUGAGAUUGAAUAAGUACGAUACUAUGGACAGACUGGGUUUCAAAUAACACCUGCAUUGAGAGCGAACAUCAAUUUCAAACACUGUCUUGUCUAGUGCCGAUAUAACAAUGAGUCUACCCGAACCAGAACCGGAACCGGAGCUGUCCCCAGAGCCGGAACCAUGGCCCAACAUGUCGUUGUUAAGUGCGUUCCCGGAACCGGAGAAUGGUUCCUCGGAACCUAUACCGGAAGCUGAGCCGUCAUUUGGACCCAGCGUCCAGGGAGUGCUGGUGUCUCUAGCCGUGCUUAUUAUCAUCGUAGGAUCGGUGGGAAACAUGUUGGUCAUCAUCGUCAUCGGACGAAUGCGUACAGGUCGAACGGUCACGGAGAUAUUCCUGACCUCCUUGGCCGUAGCCGACCUGACCGUCUGCAUGGUCUGUUCCCCGCUCCUCGUAGUGGGUAUCAUCGUCCAUUCCGGACACACCGGGGCAUCCUACCAAGUCGAGCAAUUCCUCUUCUACUUCUCAUCGGUCGCCUCCAUCUUCAACCUCACGGUCAUCUCCUUGGACCGGCACGACGCCAUCUUGCACCCCAUGUCUCGUCGCUUCACCCUCCAGCGCUGCAAGCCCCUGCUCUGUUUCAUCUGGCUUCUCUCGGCAUCCAUAGCAGUCAUUAUACAUUUCAUCCCGCAGAACUUUGAGGUAAUCGUCUUGGCAAUUUGCUUUGUGUUCCCGUUCGCGGCCAUGAUCAUCAGUUACACUCGCAUCCUUAGGGUGGCCAAGGCCGCUGCUCGCAAAGCAACUGGUUCCGACUUGAAAAAGACUUCGACUUCGACUACGUCAUCAUCGGGGCCACCAAAUAAGGAAAGCAAGAUGGACAAGACUGUCAAGAUGGUUAUCAUUGUCGUGGUGUUCUUUGCAGUGUCGUGGAUACCUAGUCUUAUCAGCAGACUGCUAAAGUACGUUGUGGUGAUGACACCCGAAGCGUCAAGCUUCAUGGAGGUGACUGCGUGUCUGAUUGCCUACGGUGGCAGUGCCCUCAACUUCUUGGUGUAUGCGUUCAUGAGUAGGCGGUUCAAAGUUGGAUUGUCACAGCUGUUUGGAUGCAGUCGAUUCUUACGGAGGAUCGACCCUUGCGAUGGUGACAUCGGGAAGACUUGUAACGCCACGGCCGCAGGUACCGUCAACGCCUCCUAAUAACCGACAAUAACCGACACAAGGGCAGGACCGGUACCGUCAACGUAUUACCGACACAAGGGCAGGGUCGGUACCGACACACGGUCGUUUCUCCAUCGUGAAGCACAAGGGCGGAUCCAAAGUUUUGACACGGCAAGUCAAGAAAAACUGCCAAGAGGGAUGCAACGCUGUUGUUUAAUUUUUUAAUAUGCCAGCUUUUUUACAGAUCUUUUCGCAUUAGCUAAUUGUUAAAUGAGCUGCACGCUGGUCUAGUUAGGGAUCCAACUGGUUCACUAGCUAGACCAGCAUGCACCCAAAUCCUCGCUUGUGUACCGAGUAUGUGCGAUAAGAUGUUUGGUCAUUGUUGGUGUCAGAUGCACUUAUUGUG